AUGUCGUCUUCAGAGGGUGCCCCGGAGUCAUGGAUCUCAUCAUUCUGCUCUUUGGUGGGCCAUGAAUUCUUUGCGGAGGUAUCGGAGGAUUUUAUCGAGGAUGACUUCAAUCUGACCGGUCUGAUGGGCCAGGUGCCCAUGUACAAAGAGGCACUAGAGAUGAUUCUCGACGUGGAGCCGGAGGAGGACGAAGAUGAAGAAGAGGAGGAAGAAGAUGAAGAUGAAGAUGAGGAUGAGGCUAACGAAGAUCCUCUCAACUACCGACGAUCUGGCGACCGCCGAAACGCCCGCGUGGCCAGCGAUCUGAGUGCCAUCGAGAGCUCAGCAGAGCUGCUUUAUGGUCUCAUUCACCAGCGCUACAUCACCUCGCGACCGGGUAUUCAGCAAAUGUUGGAGAAGUACGAAAUGCAACACUUUGGAGUUUGUCCGCGAGUCAAGUGCCAUGGAUGCAAGGUUCUACCCGUGGGUCGCUCCGAUACACCUGGCCACGAGACAGUCAAGCUCUUCUGUCCUGGGUGCCAGGACAUCUACACUCCCCCCAACAGCCGAUUUCACUCUGUAGACGGUGCAUUCUUCGGCACGACCUUUGGAUGUCUGUUCUUCAUGACAUUCCCCGAUUUUGAUAUUGGACCCCGACUUGAUCACGCAUCCCGUUCUGCGCAACUAUCCUCCCGUACUUCCAAUCCCCAGACAGGCAAUGAUUCCUCUGCUCUGGAGGAUCAGCCUCUUGAAAUCAACGGCAUGCGUACGUCGAACUUCUGUCCAGGACUCGGACGCGGACACAUCUAUGAUCCGAAAAUCUAUGGCUUCAAGGUUUCUGAGGUGUCGCGGGUUGGUCCGCGCAUGAAGUGGCUGCGAAUGAAGCCGAGGAAUGUAAAUGAGCUAGACGAGACCCUCAACCGCCAGGUUCCCUUUGAUGAUGAUGAAGACGAGGGUGAUGAAGCAGGCAUGUGUAGAUCAUUUCCCUUUCUUAAAAGGCACGAUAUUAACUUUCUAGCAGGGGACCAAAACAAGGACACGGAGAUGAGAUUUGGACAGACUCAGGAGGCAGCUAUCGCCAACCGCAAGAAAGCCCCUAUGCGUCGGCGUCGACGAGCCGGGCUUUCUGAUGAGAAGAUGAGCUGA